UUCACAACACCGGAACUUUAGUUGGAGCUACCUCUACGGGGACGGUGUUUAUGGUAACACUGGAAAAAUUAGAAAUUAGCAACGUUUAUCCGUUCAUUUACACAGUACUGUGCGAAUUCAUUUAUUGGUCGUUGUAUGCACAGCGAGGUUUCUUGAAGAUUACAGCGAAGCCGCAUGCACGCAGCAUCAAUCAGGUAGCCUUCCAUCAUCUCAUGAAUAUUUUAAAGGAUUCAGUGUUUCCGGUCCCAGUCAGAGCUCCUGAUGAAGGUCUAUAGGUAAUAGUUUGAGAGCCUUGCAAGACGCCAUGUCUGAAGAGGCAAUUUCAGAAAGUGACCUGGAGCCCAGCCUUAACAGUGAAGAGGAGUAUUCGGAAAACGAGGAAGAGGAGGACAAUGAGGACGUGGAGGAAGAUGAGGAUGAAAAUGAUGGAGACGAUGAAGAAGAUGAUAGUGUUGAACGGCCUGUUAGUGCCCAGGGCAGGACAGAAACAGCUCAGGAUGGCAGGGACUCCACUUCAGCUACCUCUGGAGAGCCGUCCUCAGAGCCUCCGUCUGAGCCCGCGUCCCGCCCGUCCUCCAGACCUCCUUCUCGCUCUCAGCCUCCAAUCAGCCCGGAAAACUCAAGCCAGAGCAAGCCACCUUCCAGCAAAACAAAGAAACAUAAAACCUCUAAAUUAACCAAAUCUUCUAAGUCUUCAAAAGGCUCCAAGCCAUCUAAGCCUGCACACAUGAGGAAGAAUAUCAGAAAGCUGCUGAAAGAGGAUCAACUGGAGGCGGGGACCAAAGCUGCUCAACAGGAGGAGAUGGACAGGCGGAAGCGUCUGGAGCAGCAGAGGAAGGACUUCCCUACACCAGCCUCGACUGUCCCAGACUCUCAGCUAGUCGACACUGCUUCAAUUUUAGAAGUAUCUCACUUGGUCCCUGCUCUCCUGAGCAAGCAGGAUGUGAUCUGUCUGGACAGCAGUGGGGAUGAAGAUGAAAAGGUGGACCCCACGCUGCCUUCACUUGCCAUUAGAGAUGAUAUAAUUGAGCUUAGUUCUGGGGACGAGGACGCCCUGCAGAUAAGCAGCGAGUCUGCCGAUGAGGAUGCUGAUGGCACCGCCGCCUCAGAGGAGAGCAGCGGGGCACACAUCAACGACGCCAUGAAUCUGCCUGAUGCCCAGGGUCGAGUGCUGGUUAAUAUCGGUCACCCUGCAGAGGAGAAAGACAUUUACCUCGCUCCACAGCUGGCCAAGGCAGUCAAACCUCACCAGAUCGGGGGAAUCCGGUUCCUCUAUGAUAACCUCAUUGAGUCUCUGGAGCGGUAUAAGACCAGCAGUGGCUUUGGCUGCAUCCUCGCUCACAGCAUGGGGUUGGGCAAGACGCUGCAGGUCAUUUCCUUCACUGACAUCCUACUGAAGAAUACUGAGGCUCACACUGUGCUGGCCAUUGUUCCUGUGAACACACUUCAGAACUGGCUGACAGAGUUUAACCUCUGGCUCCCACCACAAGAAUCCCUUUCCCCUGACACUGACCCUGCAGUCGUCACCGGCCGCACAUUCAAAGUUCACAUUCUCAACGAUGAGCACAAGACGACGCUGGCCAGGGCCAAAGUUGUGGAGCACUGGUCCAGAGAUGGGGGGGUGUUGCUGAUGGGCUAUGAGAUGUACCGCCUGCUGUCCAUGAAGAAAAGCUUUGUGAUGGGCAAGAAGAGGAAAUCAAAGAAGCCCGCCGGACCAAUCAUCAUUGACCUGGACGAAGAAGAUAGACAGCAGGAACUCAUGAAAGGUAUUGAAAGGGCCAUAGCGCGGCCUGGCCCAGAUGUGGUGAUAUGUGACGAGGGUCAUCGUAUUAAAAACUACCAUGCCAGCACAUCACAGGCUCUGAAGAACAUCCGCUCCCGGCGCAGAGUAGUCCUGACUGGUUACCCGUUGCAGAACAACCUAAUUGAAUACUGGUGCAUGGUGGACUUUGUUAGGCCUGACUUUUUAGGCACACGUCAGGAGUUCAGCAACAUGUUUGAGCGGCCCAUUCUGAACGGGCAGUGCGUGGACAGCACACCUCAAGAUGUCCGCUUGAUGCGCUACCGCAGCCAUGUACUGCACAGCCUGCUGGAGGGGUUCGUCCAGAGACGAGGUCAUGAUGUGCUGCGAGACCAGCUCCCCUCCAAGGAGGAGCAUGUGAUCUUGGUGCGACUCUCUCCCAUUCAGAGGGCGCUGUAUACCGAGUUCAUGAAACGCUUUCGAGAAGCGGGGAACAGUGGCUGGCUGGGUCUAAACCCACUCAAAGCCUUCUGUGUCUGCUGCAAGAUCUGGAAUCACCCAGAUGUCCUCUAUGAAGCCCUGCAGAAGGAGAAUCAGGCAAACGAGCAGGACCUGGACCUCGAUGACAUCACUUCAACUAGUAACCCUCGCUGCCCUGCACCAGGUUCUGGCCUCAAAGCCAAAGUGGCCGACUCGAGCAACAGCAAAGGCAACAACACCCUGCCACCACUCAAUCACUCUCAGGAAAGAGCCAAUCAAGUUAUCACAUAUGAAUGGGCAAAAGGCAUAAUGUCAAACUACAGCACAGGAGUUCUGGAGAACUCUGCCAAGAUGAUUCUGCUCUUUCAUUUGAUUGAUGACAGUGUAGGAAGAAGAGACAAGAUUUUGGUCUUUAGUCAAAGUUUGUCCACCCUGACGGUCAUUGAGGACUUCUUAUCGAAGAGAGCCAUGCCGAAAGGCAUCGCCUCCUCUGACGCCCAGAGCCAAAACUGGGUUCGCAACCUCAAUUACUACAGACUGGAUGGGAGUACUUCUGCCUCAGAAAGAGAGCGACUUAUAAAUCAGUUUAAUGACCCAGAAAACAGCAAAACGUGGGUCUUUCUCCUUUCAACAAGAGCGGGCUGCUUGGGGGUAAAUCUGAUAGGGGCCAACCGUGUCGUUGUGUUUGAUGCCUCCUGGAACCCAUGUCACGAUGCUCAGGCGGUGUGUAGGGUGUACCGCUAUGGUCAGAGGAAACCCUGCUACAUUUACCGCCUUGUCUGUGAUUUCACCUUGGAGAAGAAGAUCUAUGACAGACAAGUCUCCAAACAGGGCAUGUCUGACCGUGUGGUUGAUGACCUGAACCCAGUGUUGAACUUCACUCGUAAGGAAGUGGAGUCGCUGCUGCAUUUUGUGGAAGAGGAACCUGAUAAAAUCUCUCUGGAAUCCCAGGGGGAAUUUGAAAUAGUGAUGUAUACAGCUUGUCAGCUUUAUCCACACCUCAUCACCAAGCAACCUUUUCAUCACGAGUCUCUGCUGGUGGACCGGAAGGAGUCGAAGCUGACCAAAGCAGAGAAGAGAGCCGCCAAGAAGAGCUAUGAGGAUGAGAAACGAGCCUCGGUGCCCUACUCUCGCCCAUCAUAUGCCCCCUACUACCCAACAAGUGAUCAGAUGCUCACAAACAUACCAGCAUUUAACCAACGUGGCUGGCGUCCCAUGGCACGACCAGAUGACAAGCCUGUGGCAAGUGUCAGGCCCAUCCAGUCAACCCCAAUCCCCAUGAUGCCUCGCCAGGUCGGCAUGGGCAUGGCUGGCUCCAGCUCUGCCGGCAGCCUGCCUGUCAACUUCCUGCAGAAAGCUGGAGUUUAUGUACAGAGGAUCGUCACCACAACCGAUAUUGUAAUCCCAGGAGCCAACAGCACAACAGAUGUUCAAGCUCGAAUUAGUGCAGGGGAGAGCAUCCAUGUUAUCAGAGGAUCAAAAGGUACCUACAUUAGGACAAAUGAUGGAAGGAUUUUUGCUAUUCGUUCUGGAAAGAUCAGUAGGCCGGCAGUCGGGGGCUCUGCUGCUGCAAGAGACACCCAGGGUUCCCUGAUCCACCCACUCAGUAAUGGCUGUUCAUCGCCUGUGGAUCAACAGCAGGGCUCCCCCAACGGGGAGCAGCGGCCCUCCUCUCCCUUAAACUCUGAGAUUCUCAGAGAGUUCAGCCGCUACGCUGCAUCCACAAGUGAUGUCACCGCGGGCAUGGGGAAUGAAUUGCCGUCACCGUCAGAAAUGUUGGCUGUACCAGCAGGGGAUGAAGGCAGUUCGCGAAACAAUCAGACUGCUGACCUCAGUAGGCCACACGGUGAAGACCUCUUGAGCUCAGCUUUAGAGAUGCGAGGCAGCAAGCGCAGGAGUACUGAAAGCCAUGGCAACACACAAAUAGGAGGAAAACGCACUUCUGCUGCAACACGUUUCCCUGGACUGUCAAUGGGCUCCAGUGGGCUCAGUUUUCCCCCUGUGGGUCUGAACACGACCUCCCUACUGGGGAACCUAGGUCACAUAAGUCAUCCACUUCUGAUGGAUGGUGGUGGUGGAUCGUCAUUCCUUCAGACACCAGGACAAACACUGGCUGACCUACAGACCAUGUUCCCCUCUGCAGGCUCGGACCUACUGAGACAGUCUGCCACAGGACACCUUCCCACCCCCUCCUCGUCCUCUCUGUCCACUGUUUUCUCCUCUGCUUCUACCACCAUCCCCAUGUCAUCUACACCCUCGGCAGCAACUUCUUCCUCCCUGGCGUCGGGUUCCCUGCCUUCGUACUUGAUGAAUCCCAACAUGGCUGGCCUGCUUUCGUCAGGCUUCCCUCUCAACUACAGUCCGUCGCUGCUCUCUGAGCCGAGGAUGUUCCCCACCUCUCUCCUCUCUGGCUCAGGGGGAUUCCCCACGCCUAACUCCAGCUCUACUGCAUCCAGUUUCCUCUCCCAUUUCAACAAUCCCACUUCCAGUCUGUUGGGGGCAGCUCUGACCCAGCCGGACCUACAUCCGAGUACGGAGAACGGCGGCAGUAGUUCUGAUGAUGAUGUAAUAGAGGUGACGGGACAGUAGAGACUCAAGAAGUCCUGGAGAGGCAGUUUCACACAUAAUUUGCAUUAGGGACGGGAAUGAUUACACCUUUACUAAAUCAACAAAAUUGAUUCUGUUACAGUAUCUAUCCUAACCUAUGAAUGGAUAAUUGAAGGCCAGAUGCAUUUUUAUAUUCUGAUUGUGUGAGCGCAUCAGAAUGCAUGGGAGUUAAAGAGAAAAAAGGGAAAUUCUACAAUGAUGAAGUGACUGGUCUUUUUUGUUUUAAAUCAAUUUUAAUCCUGAACACAUACUGUGAAGUUGGAAAAAAUUGUGAUAAAUUAAAUGUGUUUCGGCCUUGCUGUUAGACUAGCCAUUAAAACCGUUUAUAUCAUUCACAUAUUUACCAGUGAAAUUGCAAAUUAACUGCAUUCCCAUUCCUAAUGUUCUCAUUAAACUACACACACACACACACACACACACACACACACACACACACACACACACACACACACACACACACACACACACACACACACACACACACACAGACUCAGACUCUCACCUGCAACUGAGAGAAUCAACUAUUACCUUAAUGACUGUACACAGUCAGAGUAACAAAUCGUUAUGCUGAAUAUCUUCUACUUGUUCAGCUGGAGCAUCUGAGUAGUGGGAACAGACCAUUGUUGUUCGGGGACCAGCUGACAUUUUUGGAGACUUUUUAACCACAGCAUCUCCUGCUACACUUUAAAACAAGGCCUCACCGUGCUGUUAGUUGUUGUUUUUUUUCUCUCCCUGAACGCAGAUGGCAUAAUGUGAGGAAAAACUGCUUCAUGUUGGAUUGUCUCAUGAUAUAUUGCUGUGAAACAGUCUGGUGCAAACCAAAAUUUGACAUUUCCGCAAUACUCACCUGCUGAACACAAAUAUACUAAUUUUAUUUCAGCACUGUUUAUAGUAAACAAUACUGGUAAGCUACAUAGUACAAUAAAUAACUCACAGCGACUACAGAACGUUGUUAAAAUCCACCUGACAAUAUAUUUAGAGAAAAUCCUUCGAGGCUUACCUUUAAUAACAGAAUCUUAGGCUUUCAGAGCAUAUUUUAGUCUUUAGCAAUUUGAUAGGCAUUGUAGCAUCCCCUGUUGAAUGGAUAUUAUGUGUGAUACUAUAACUGAACAUGUUGAUACUUUGUAAAUAGCAGUCAUUAUCAUUGUUUAUAUUGCAAGUCAAUACUGUGCAGUGUGUAGAUUUUGGUUGUAGAAAGAUGGUUUAUUAUUACAGUGACUAUCAUGAUAAACACGCUUUUGCAUUGAUGCUGGGGAAACAAAUGUACGUUCAACUUUAUAAUUUACCUCCCCCCCUCCCCCAUAAAACUAAAAUGAAUGUACUUUAUUGUUAGCCUUUGGUAAAACAGGGGCUGGGACAUGGAUUCGGACUGUGUUCUUUCAUUUUUAGCCUUAAAUAACACAAAGGGGUCUUGAGUCUUAGCAUUUAUCUUAGUACAUCCCUUUUUACAAAUCUGUUGGAACUACUGAGCAUUUAGACAGUCAGUGUCAAACUCAUUAACACAAGCAUUGGGCUGAUUCAGCAUUGUGAAAAGCACCAAGUCUGAAAGCUAAAAGGAGCACAAAGCUUUUAAGGUUUAAUGUUGCUAAAUCAUCCACCUCUUUUGUUGCAGUUUUUACUGAAGUGUCCCCCACCAUCAGUCAGGCUACACCCUACAUGUAGUUUUGACUCUAAUUACUCACUGAGAACAAAUAUUACCUAAACUGUAGAAAACAUUGCAUUCACGCGGCCUGAGUGUUUCAAACCUGAAGUCAAUGAAGCCACCAACCAUCAAAACGGAUAUUGAACAUGACUGUGGACCGGUGGUGGCCUUACCAAACUGACAGUGCCAACAUGUGGUAGCUUUUCACAGAGGUGCGUCUUUAAAAGCUGUGCAGUGUAAGUAGCUUCUGUCAGUAGCGUCAGUCGGUGUAGGUCUGCAGUGCUUUAGGGAGUUUAGGCCUUUGCUGUUCUCUGUAGCCUUGUGUUUCUGUGUUGUGAGGACACCUCAAGGUAUGUAGACUGUAACACUGGAUAACCUGAGACAAUUUUUAUGGGUAGGUUUGUUUUCUUCUGAAGAUCUUUUGCUCCCACAGUCAAGAGUACUGUGCACUUUUUGCUACUUACUGGCUCCUUCCCUUGUUGUUGUUCUGGAUGCUAUGUUUCUAUCAUCAAGGAUGUCUCCAGUUUUCUUCAGCAUGUCCGGGGAACUUGGGCUGGUUGGUUUCAGAUUUGAAGGUGGAGCUGGCUCUUUGAAAAAGGAUCCUAUCUGCUUGUGAACUGAAUUGUCUUUAUUCUCAGUCCGUUGGAAACAUUUUGCAUUUGAAUCUUGUGAAUCAUCAGUUUGUAAAACAAAACCUGUCUGCCAUUUCUUGUCAGUUAUGUGCAUUUUUGUGUUUCAUGCAAAUAUGUCAUUUAUUUUAAAUGUUUUUUUUAUAACUUCUUAUUGGUGUUCACUGGCCUGGCAGUUGUUUCCCUUCUUUUAAUGUAAGUGUCUGAAAUGUAUUUGAUGGAAAUACAUUCUUUUUUUGCAGUUACAUUUUUUUAACCUUUUGUUCACUUUGACCCAUUGACGGCUGAUCCAGUAAGAAUUUCGUACAUGCAGCCUAGAUCGAAGCAAAAUAUGACCGUGUUAUCAGUUAUUUUAACAAUAAAACACUCUUCUAUUGCAGUGUGAA